AUGAAAAAAAAGUCACCAACACACAAACAACUACUCGAGUCACCAACACACAAACAACUACUGGAGUCAACAACAAACACACAACUACUGGGGUCAACAACACACAAACAUCUACUGGAGUCACCAACACACACACAACUAUUUGAGUCAACAACAAACACACAACUGCUGGGGUCACCAACACACAAACAACUCCGGGAGCCACCAACACACACACAACUAUUUGAGUCAACAACACACAAACAACUACUGGAGUCACCAACACACACACAACUAUUAGAGUCACCAACACACAAACAACUGCUUGAGUCACCAACACACAAACAACUACUUGAGUCACCAACACACAAACAACUACUCGAGUCACCAACACACAAACAACUACUGGAGUCACCAACACACAAACAACUGCUUGAGUCACCAACCCACAAACAACUACUUGAGUCACCAACACACACACAACUACUUGAGUCAACAACAAACACACAACUACUGGGGUCACCAACACCCAAACAACUACUGGAGUCACCAACACACAAACAACUAUUUGAGUCACCAACAAACACACAACUACUGGGGUCACCAACACCCAAACAACUACUGGAGUCACCAACACACAAACAACUACUUGAGUCGCCAACACACAAACAACUACUUGAGUCACCAACACAUAAACAACUACUGGAGCCGCCAACACACAAACAACUACUGAAGUCACCAACACAAACAACUGCUUGA